AUGGAUCCUAGAGUUCGUCAGCUCUUUAAGCUGCUCCUCUACAUGGGCAAGGAGUAUCCUCAAGAAUCGGGUGGAUAUGCUAAGUUUUCCCAGGGUCUUAAGAGGGCGUUUCGUUCCACAUCCAUCCAAUCUGAAGAGGAUAUGACGAAAGCUUUAGCCAAGGGAGAAUACAUAACUAAAGGUAUGUGUGAUGAUUCAAUUUGUUAA